AUGGCGACAGCUAGUGGGAUAAAUCAACUUCUCUUGAAGCUUGACAACCUCACUCUAGAAUCUAUUUCCGACAAAUAUCCCAACACAUACCCUCAAACCAACCCCUUCGAUCUAUACAGAGUACAUCUUGCCGAAAUUCUCGCUCCUAUCACCGGUGUCGCCGCCGAAAAAAUCCACCCCGUCAUUCAAUGGACAAACACCCUUGACAAGGGCGACUUCACUUUACCUAUUCCUGCCCUUCGAAUAAAAGGCGCAAAACCAGAUGCGCUAGGUGCGGAAUGGGCACCGAAGUUCCCCGAAGAUGACCCCCUCUUCGACAAACCCGUCGCCGCCGGUCCCUUCCUAUCCUUCUUUGCGAAAGGUGGUCCCCUCGCUCAGUCGCUCAUCCCUAUGAUCAGGGCGCUAGGUGCCGAUUAUGGCCGGAAUAGCUUCAUCGGCCUUAAGGACCCUAAAGAUCCCAGCAAAGGCAAGAAGCGACUCGUCGUCGAAUUUAGUUCUCCCAAUAUUGCCAAGCCUUUCCACGCCGGACAUCUUCGUUCUACAAUUAUCGGAAGUUUCCUUGCGAACUUAUACGAGGGCGCCGGCUGGGAUGUCGUGAGGGUCAACUAUCUUGGUGACUGGGGAAAACAAUACGGUCUCUUGGCUCUUGCCUAUGAGAGAUAUGGUGAUGAGGAAGCACUCAAGAAGGACCCUAUCGACCACCUAUUCCGACUCUAUGUGCGCAUAAACGCCGAGAAGGACGAUGAAUUGGCGACUAUUGAAGAGAAGAAGAAAGAAGGACAGGACGUCACUGAACUCCUAGCCAACAGCUUAGAUGAGCAGGCUCGGGGUUAUUUCAGGAAGAUGACAGACCGAGAUGAAUCUGCUCUGGCGUUAUGGCAACGAUUCAGGGAUUUGAGUAUCGUUCGCUACAGGGCUACAUACGCCAGACUCAACAUCAAAUUCGACGAGUAUAGUGGUGAAAGCCAGGUUAGCGAGGAGGCAAUGGCUAAGGUGGCUAAGGAGAUGGCUGAAAAGGGUAUCACCAGAGAAGACCAAGGCGCCGUACUCGUCGACUUUACCCAACUUCUACCAGGCAAGGAAGGCAAGCGUCUAGGAAAGGCUGUGCUCCGAAAGAGGGAUGGCACAGCUCUAUAUCUCACUCGAGAUAUUGCCGAACUUCUUGGUCGAUAUGAGAAGUAUGGGUUCGACCACAUGAUCUACGUUGUCGCUAGUCAGCAAGAUCUCCAUCUUCAGCAACUCUUCAAGAUCAUCGAACUCCUUGGCUACAAGGAUAUUGCAUCCCGAUGUCAACACAUCAACUUCGGUUUGGUAAUGGGCAUGAGCACCCGAAGGGGCACCGUGAAAUUCCUUGAUGAUAUCCUGAGGGAUUGUGCCGAUCACAUGCACGAAGUCAUGCGGAAAAACGAAUCCAAAUACGCUCAGGUCGAAGACCCUGUGGGUACUGCAGACACUCUCGGAAUUAGCAGUGUGAUGACGCAAGAUAUGAGCGGGAAGAGGGGUAACAACUACACCUUCGACCUGGCAGUAAUGACGUCGUUCGAAGGAGAUACUGGUCCUUACCUACAAUACGCCCACACUCGUCUAUCGUCAAUCAAGCGCCGAGCAAACGUAACGGAGGAAGAAUUGGCCGACGCCGACUUAUCGCUUCUCACUGAACCCCACGCAGUGAAUGUCGUCCGAUUAUUAGCUCAAUGGCCGGACGUAGCCCAAAACACAUUACGAACACUCGAGCCAACCACUGUCGUCACGUACCUCUUCAGGCUGACGCACGUAAUAAGCAGUAGUUAUGACCAUUUACAAGUGGUUGGCAGCGAACCCGCUCUUAAGGCAUCCCGAAUGGCUCUUUACGAUGCCGCUCGGAUAGUCGUCGCGAACUGCAUGAGAUUACUUGGGUUGAGUCCACUUGAAAGGAUGUGA